UAGGGGUGACGUCACCGCCGAGCUCCGCGCGAGACCCGCCUUAGAAACCAAGCAAAAAAAAAAAAACCGCUGAGGUUAUCUGUUGUUAUUAUUAUUAAUAUUAUCGCCGUGGUUGUUUUUUUUAUUACUAUUACUACUACUACUACUAUUAUUAUUAUUUUCCGAGACCCCAAAUGCCAGGUCCCACUCAAGCACUGUCCCCGAACGGAGAGAAUAAUAACGACAUCAUUCAGGACAAUGGAACCAACAUCAUCCCUUACAGAAAGAACACAGUGCGAGGAGAGCGCGCGUACAGCUGGGGCAUGGCGGUCAACGUGUAUUCUACCUCAAUCACCCAGGAGACUAUGAGCAGGCAUGACAUCACGGCCUGGGUCAACGAUCUGCUCAGUUUAAACUACACGAAAGUGGAGCAGCUCUCUUCAGGAGCCGCUUACUGCCAGUUCAUGGACAUGCUUUUCCCCGGCUGCAUCAGUCUUAAGAAGGUCAAGUUCCAGGCCAAGCUGGAGCAUGAGUACAUUCACAACUUUAAACUUCUUCAGGCCUCCUUCAAGAGGAUGAACGUGGACAAGAUAAUUCCAGUAGAGAAGCUCGUCAAGGGUCGAUUUCAGGACAACUUGGAUUUCAUCCAGUGGUUCAAGAAGUUCUUCGACGCCAACUAUGACGGUAAGGAGUACGACCCCGUGGAGGCACGACAGGGCCAGGACGCCAUCCCUCCUCCUGACCCCGGGGAGCAGAUCUUCAACCUGCCUAAGAAGUCACCCCAUGCAGCCAGCUCUCCUACGGCAGGGGCUACUAGAUCAUCGAGUUCGACCCCCAAAUCCUCCACGUCAACCUCGCGACCCUCUUCUGCCAAAAAGGGCCCCGUAACGACAGCAGCAACCCCGGCCAAGGGCGAGAAGGAGCUGGAGGCUCAAGUAGCGCAGCUUAACGAACAGCUCAACACAUUAAAGCUGGCGCUGGAGGGGGCGGAGAAAGAGCGGGACUACUACUUUGGGAAGCUGAGGGAGGUGGAGCUACUGUGUCAGGAGCAGGGUCAGGAUAACGGAGCGUUCGUGGAGAGAAUUAUGGAAGUGCUGUACUCUACAGACGAACAGGAGGCUGGAGGUGAAGAACACGAGGCUCUGGCACAGGAAGUGGAAGUCCCUGAUGACACACAGGAUGAAUAUUGAACACCAUCCCUGCACACACACACACACACACACACACACUGGCACAAAAGAAAAAAGUCCAGAAGCCACAUUUACAUUUGUUUUGGUAAUUUUGUGAAAUGAAAAAUGAAAUCUUGUUCCUGUACAUGCCUCCGUGUUAAAAACACACACACACACACACACACACACACACACACACACACACUACAAAUGCUGAACAAAGACAUUGUCCUGCCCUCCACAGUGCUGUUGGUUUGAUUCAGAAUUUUUAAACAUUAUGAAGGAUAAACGGUUUUAUUUUCACUUAAUCCGCUACAUUAGGACUUCUGCAGAGACGUGCACGUGACUCGCCCCUCACGUGACUCGCCCCUCACGUGACUCACCCCUCACGUGUCUCGCUUAUUUCUGUCCAGAUUAUUUUUAAGUUUAAAAAAAAAAAAGGCGGUGAAAGAGCAAGUCGAUGAAUUCCCUCGAUUCCGACGAAGCUAAUCAUUCACGCUGUGCUAGAAAUGGCCAAACGCUAAUGCCAAGCUAAUUCCCGACUCAUUAAGUUUAUUCAUUCAUAUAUCCUUCAGGAAAAAAAACCCCUAUCAUCUCACAGGUCGCUUUAUGCUAGCAGUAACUCGCUGUAAGAUUAAAGACCUCGCUAAGGCGAGUUACAUCAGCAGCCGGUAGCACCAGAAGGACGUAAGCCUAGUUUAACAGAAACCACAUUUAAGUUUACACACUACGGAGAAACAUUAACGGUUGACCCAUGUAGCAUAGUUUAAACCAAGUCUCGUGUUUUUAACCUAAAAAACAACGGUGUGUCCGAAGCGAAGAGCAAAACAAAGUGCGGCAGUAAUGUUGAGGAUCAUUUAUUUCCAACAGAAUGAACCACGAUAUUUGAUUUCAGCGAAGGAGAUUUUCUCAAUUCUAUAUAAAUUAGUGUUGGUGCAAUAAAGUGAGGAAAAUGCGAACGAUUUGUUGGAACGAUUCCUUUCACGGUUCUUCAGUUCUCUGGCCACAGCUCUGUGUAUAUAUUCCUAGGCUGUAGGUAGAAAAAUGUUAGUGUGGGGUUUUUUUGUUGUUGUUGUUGUUAAAUGUCUUCAGAGACAUCAGGAAGAAAAAAUAAAGUUCGCUAGCUCGGGAAAGUUCGCUAGUUCUCUAGAGACGGCUCGUUUUCCUAGUAGAAUCCGAAGCAAACAUUUUAGCUGCGACUGAAAUUCUAGCUACAGGAAUUUUUUAAAAGUAUGAAACAAACAAAAAAAUAAUAAUAUUAGGUUAUUAUAAUUAUAAUAAUAUUAAUAAGUAAAUAAUAAUAGGCCAUACCCACAAGCGAAAAACUACAAGUGAUGCUAAGGAUUUAUCGCAAAAACAUCCGGAUGGUGCGACCGGCUGCAGGAAGAAAAUCUGUAAUAAAUAAAUUACUUAAAAUCAUCUGCUUGCGACUUUUCACAUUUUUUUUUCUCCAUUUUUUUGCGUCCACACUUGUCCGAGUGGUUUCCUUCACCGCGAGCAGCUUCACGUCUCGGUCAGUUCUCGCUUUCGGAUAGAAGGCUUCAGUGGAUUUUUUUUUUUUUUUCGUGACACUUUAUUUUUGUUUUCUUUAGAAGCCAGAUGGAAAAAAACACAAAUAAAACAUGGGAAUAAAUAAAAGGUGUAUAUUGAAGAUAUUUUAAUAUAAUUUUAAAGUCCAGGUUUUAGCAGGAGGAUCUCACGGUAACAGAAACGCAGUGUUCCAGUGCAUCGUAUACUGUCUCAUGAUGAUGUUGCAUUCAGUUCCAGUACCGAAACUUUCCACGGCUCAUUUAUUAUCGUGUACAAUGAAGAGGAAUGUAAUGUACUGUUAAUACGUAUAAAUAAAAUCUUCUCUCUCUC